UUCUCUGAGUUAGCGGUGGUCUGGUCUAGGAGGAACAUGGCGGCGUCCGUGAGAGGCUAGUUUUGGGUAAAAAUAGUGCAUGGUGUUAAUUGUCUUGCGUGUUACUGACCAACUGAAGCUUUCCCAGGCCAUCUAACUUAAGGAAGCGUGUAAUGAAAAGCGAACAGCUUUAGGAACCAGCCGUCCGCUCGCAUCCCCAGUAAAGAACAGAGCCCUGAGCACUGAGCAGGAUGAGCAACAUCUACAUCCAGGAGCCUCCCACAAACGGGAAGGUCUUAUUGAAAACUACAGCUGGAGAUAUUGACAUAGAGUUGUGGUCCAAAGAAGCUCCUAAAGCUUGCAGAAAUUUUAUUCAGCUUUGUUUGGAAGCUUAUUAUGACAACACCAUUUUUCAUAGAGUUGUACCUGGUUUUAUAGUUCAAGGAGGAGAUCCUACUGGCACAGGGACUGGUGGAGAGUCUAUCUAUGGAGCCCCAUUCAAGGAUGAAUUUCACUCUCGGUUGCGUUUUAAUAGGAGAGGACUGGUUGCCAUGGCAAAUGCUGGUCCUCAUGAUAAUGGCAGUCAAUUUUUCUUUACAUUGGGUCGAGCAGAUGAACUUAAUAAUAAACACACCAUCUUUGGAAAGGUUACAGGGGAUACAGUGUAUAACAUGUUGCGACUGACAGAAGUAGAUAUUGAUGAUGAUGAAAGACCACGGAACCCACACAAAAUAAAAAGUUCUGAGGUUUUGUUUAAUCCAUUUGAUGACAUCAUUCCAAGGGAAAUUAAAAAGCCAAAAAAAGAGAAACCAGAGGAGGAAGUAAAGAAACUGAAACCUAAAGGCACAAAAAAUUUUAGUUUACUUUCAUUUGGAGAAGAAGCUGAGGAAGAAGAGGAAGAAGUAAAUCGAGUCAGUCAGAGCAUGAAGGGAAAAAGCAAAAGCAGUCAUGACUUGCUUAAGGAUGAUCCACAUCUCAGUUCUGUUCCGGCUGUUGAAAGUGAAAAAGCUGAUGCAGCAGAUUUAGAUGAUGAUGCAGGAGAUGAAAGUGCAGAAGAUGAUGAGGAUAUUGGUGGUGAUGAAAAGAACCAGAUGAGAGAAAGAAUCGCAAAAAAGUUAAAGAAGGACACAAGUACAAAUGUUAAGUCAGCCGGAGAAGGAGAAGUGGAAAAGAAAUUGAUUAGCCGCAGUGAAGAGCUCAGAAAAGAAGCAAGACAAUUAAAGCGGGAACUCUUGGCAGCAAAACAAAAAAAAGUAGAAAACACAGCAAAAGCAGAAAAAAGAAGUGAAGAAGAAGAAGCUGCUCCUGAUGGUGCUGUUGCAGAAUACAGAAGAGAAAAGCAAAAGUAUGAAGCCUUGAGGAAGCAACAGGCGAAGAAGGGAACUUCCCGGGAGGACCAGACUCUUGCAUUACUGAACCAGUUUAAAUCUAAACUCACUCAAGCAAUCGCUGACACUCCUGAAAAUGACAUUUCUGAGACUGAAGUGGAAGACGAUGAGGGCUGGAUGUCGCAUGUACUUCAAUUUGAGGACAAAAGCAGGAAGGUGAAAGAUGCAAGCAUGCAGGACGCGGACACAUUUGAAAUAUAUGACCCUCGGAAUCCAGUGAAUAAAAGAAGAAGGGAAGAAAGCAAAAAGCUGAUGAGAGAGAAAAAGGAAAGAAGAUAAAAUGAGAGUAGGGAUAACCAGAACAUGCUGGAAAUGUGCCUGCAAUCAGUGGCCUUGUAACAGCCAUUGUUCCCAACAGCAUCACUUAGGGGUGUGAAGAGUUUGAACCUGUUGUCUGGUUUUGAAGGACAAUUAUCUUUGUUUUGUAAAUUGUGCAGUGAUGUAAGCACAUGCUUUUGGUUACUGGUAUACGCUUUCUUUUUCCUAGUUGACCUUUUAUAUUGCUAAAACAGAAAUAAAAUCACUUUCCUUCCCAUUUGCGUGUUAACCAUUUACAGAUCAUGUAAACCUGUUUGAGUUACAUGCGCAGGGUUCCUUUUGAAGAUCUCUUUAUAAGUUCUCACAGAGUAUUUGAGGGAAAUCUCCUUGGCGCUCACUUUGGGAUA